UUUGUAAUCUUUGUAUGAUUCAUCUAUGUUUGUUACUUUUUCUAAUAAAGAGCUGAAAAAAAGUUUUUAAUUUAUCGUUGUUUAAAAUUGAUGAAAACACAAUUAAAAAUGGGCGAAGUUGUUACCUCCACUUUGGCUUUCAAAUCUGUAUUGAAACCAGUUUUCAUGCAACUUGAGGCCCGAGACAAGAACUCAUCAGAAGCAUUGCUUUCAACUUUUUGUGCUUUGGAACAACAUCAUCCUGGUUUUUGUUAUAAUUUGCUAUCAGAAAUAAUUGAAAGGGCAGAUCUUAAAAUCAACAUCAAUGAAGUGGUUCUAAGAUUACAAGAAUGUGCAACAGAUACUGUAAAUGAGCACUAUCUCCUACGAAGUGAAGAACCAUUCCAAGAUCUCAAUAGAAAAUCAGCAGCUCUAAAAGCCAUUCUUAGCAGGAUUCCUGAUGAAAUAACAGACAGGAAGACUUUCUUAGAGACUAUAAAAGAAAUAGCCAGUGCAAUAAAAAAAUUGUUGGAUGUUGUGAACGAAAUUGGUGUUUUCUUACCAACUCUUUCUGGAAAACAGGCAGUUGAACAACGAAAAAAAGAGUUUGUUAAGUACUCUAAGAAAUUUAGUACAACAUUAAAGGAAUACUUUAAAGAAGGCCACUCAAAUGCAGUUUUCAUAAGUGCUUUAUGUUUAAUUCGUCAAACUAAUCAAAUGAUGACUACUGUUAAAAAUAUAUGUGAAUAAACAUUUAUGAAUUAUGUAUUAGUUUUGUAGAAGAAUUGAAAUUUCCGUUAAUGAAACUUAAUCAAUAUUUAACUUGAAGAUUUUUGUUUAUAUAAUCUAAAACCAUUUAUUUUAAUUAAAUGUGAGUGUUCGUUGAAUAAUUUUAACAUUUUUACAUAAAUUAGAAAAUUUUUGAUUUGAAGAUCCAUAUAUUUUUGUAAAAAAAAUAAUAAAAAAAUGCACAUAAAAUAUCUAUGUAUUGUUAAAAUUAUAUCAAUAUUCAUUUAAGAUGCUCAUAAAAACAAAUAAAACAAAUUAAUUAUUUUAACUGAGA